UGUAUAUAUGACCGAGACAACCUAAGGCUUGGAUUUCAAGCCGUAAAAAUGGCAUUGUUGCAGUCCAGCGAUUUUUUCCAUUCGAGAAAGCUUCUCCUGUUGCUUCCGGUCUUUUUAAUUCAUCUUGACCUAUCGCACGGUUUUUGGGUCAACGAUAGCGAUUUUUCCACGCCGGAACAAUGUAGACGGAAGUGUGUCGCGGGUGGAGAUCCUUUGAUUUGUUCUUUCGAUUUCACUCUUGAAUUCUAUACAACAAUAGGACCGGCUUGCAAUAGAACGGAUCAAUUAAACGAAUGCAUAGUAGCUGACGGGGUCGAGAAGACUAUAUUACCGAUUAACCGGCAGCUACCAGGACCGCUGAUCGAGGUGUGCAAAGGUGACAUAAUUAAGGUGGACGUAAAAAAUGCAGCCCCAGGUAUGGAAGCCACUAUACAUUGGCACGGAAUCUUCCAAUACGGCUACCAAUUUUACGACGGUGUUCCGUUUGUCACGCAGUGUCCAAUUCCGUCUUCAACGAGUUUUAGAUACUUAUUCGGGGCUAACAACGCCGGCACGCAUUUCUACCACUCCCACGUGAUGACGCACAUGCUGGAUGGACAACAGGGUGCCUUAAUCGUUCAUGAUCCCGAGGAUCCCUAUCUGAACUCGUACAACUGGGAAUAUGUGAUGCACUUGUCUGAUUGGAUGCACGAGCUGUCACUUGAAAGGUUCCCAGGUCGUUAUCACACGAACAUCGGACAGACCGCGGAAAAUAUAUUGAUCAACGGGCGUGGAAAUUGGAAGGAUCCGAAAAACGCGACCGUGAACACCCACGCGCCGUUAUGGACGUUCAACGUGCAGCAGAACAAUGCGAUCAGAUUUCGUAUAAUCAAUUCAUUCAGCACCGUGUGCCCGGCUGAAAUCGCGUUCCACAAGCACAGAUGCACCGUGAUUGCCCAGGACGGUGCUCUCGUCAAAUCUAAAGUAGUGGACAAGGUCGUCAUUCUAACAGGCGAACGCGUGGAUUGCAUAAUAAACACGAAUCAAGCAUUGGAUUCGUACUGGAUACAAGUGCGAGGUUUAGGAGAAUGCGCUGAACCAGAAAGGAAAGUGCAACAGUUAGCCAUUUUGCGAUACCAAGGUGCUUCGGCGACUCCAUCGGCGCCGCAGCCUGGAUAUGAUAGCAUGCCAAACGGAGUCACUUACAACGGGAUGAACGCAACGAAAUGUAAUACGAACGACACCAGUUCUGUGGUAUGUGUGAACCAGCUGGAAAGCUACGAGGACGCGGAGCCGGAAAUCAUGGAAGUAGAACCGACUGUGCGGUUCGUGAUGCCCUUUUAUUUCUACAAUUACACCCAAAAUGACGACAAAAAGCUCUUCGGAGUGGACAACAAAUAUCCAGCUUUCUUCGAUGCGGCUGAUAGGUCUCAGCUGAUCUCGUCUUUCAAUAAUAAGUCGUACGAAACUUCGUCGUCGACGUUGCUCACCGACCGCCGAAGUCUCAAAACUGUAUGCAAACCGAAUGUCCUCAGUACUUGCACCCAGCCAUGCACUUGCACGCAGGUGCUUCACGUAGUUCUCGGCAGUUUGGUGGAGCUUGUAAUAUACGAUCAAUAUUCACUUGCAGGCCUCGAUCAUCCGUUCCACUUGCACGGUUACGAAUUCAAAGUGUUUAGCAUCGGGAAAUUAACAGGAAACAUUUCCCGGGAUGACAUCGAGGUAGUUAUAAAAGAGCACACGGCACGUCUCCAACGGGGAGAGUACAAGAACCCGCCUGGCAAAGACACGGUCAAAAUUCCCGAGGGUGGCUAUGCCAUCGUACGUUUCCUGGCGAACAAUCCAGGGUUUUGGUUGAUUCAUUGUCAUUUCUCGUGGCAUCAUGUGACCGGCAUGGAACUAGUGAUUCAGGUAGGCGAGCGGGAAGAUCUACCACCGACACCAUCGGGUUUCCCGGAGUGCAGCAAUUGGAAACCAGCGGUGCACUUGAUGCGAGAUUUCUUCAACACCGGAGUUCCCUAUGCUUACUAAUUAUUGUAUUCAUCGUCUUUGUAUCUAGCGAGUCAUUUACACAAUGUACGCAGAUUACUGCGAGUCUACCGUAAUUCGGUUUUUAUCGUUUCGCUUUGCCGGUCGUGAAAAUUUAUACGAGCGUGUUGCGAAAUAUGGAGACACGUGUUCAAUGUUAAUAAAACAUGCACAAUUAAUAAACCGUACACAACGAAUGUACCAA